AGUGAUGAUUAGGAUUUUAAAUACUGAAGCUGUAAAUUACUAUUUUGAAAUACCUAAUCAUUAGACUAAUGGUUAGACAUUAAAAUCAGAAAAAUAAUUAAUGGAACUGUUUAGUGCUGUAAAUAACAUUGAAAAAAAAGAUGUGCUAGUUCCACAGACAACAGGAAUAACUUUAUGCAAAGAUGAAAAAGUAUCAGUAUUAUCUAAUAAGAGUGAUUUAAAAAUUGAUCAUUUACAAAAUCAAUGUAAACCUUUACAUGGUAUUACUGUUUUUGUUGAUGUUCGAGCAGAACACGAAAACAGAUCAAAAGCUGUUUCUAGAGAAUUAGAGAAACUUGGAGCAACAAUCUCUGAGAAGUUUACAAAGAAUGUUACCCAUGUAGUUUUUAAAGAUGGUAGGCCUUCAACAUACAAUCAAGUUCGUAAAUAUUUAAAUGUUUUUUUUGUAUCCAUUUUAUGGGUUGAUUCUUGUAAAUCGACUAUGUCUUGGGUAGAUGAGGCUUUAUUUCCUGCAAAAGUUCCCCAAUAUAUAGAAUCGCCAUGUCAGCCAGCUAGAGCGAAAAGAAUAAAAUCACUUCAACCAAAAUCGUUUGAAGAUGAAAUGUGCAACAGCGCAAAGAAAGCAAAAAGGAAACAGGAUCGAUUAAAUAAAAUGAACAAAGUUGUUGAUACUCCAGAUCAGAUCAUCUGUCAUGACAGUCAGGAAUAUGAAAAAAGUUCUGAUUUGUAUAAGUUGCUUGCUACUCCACGACCUGUUCCUGAUACUCCCUGGAUACUUGAAUUUAUUAAUAGCUCUAAUACUGAACCUGAAAGUAUACACGAAGAUGUGCAAUGUAAAUUGAAUUUUGAUGAAGAAGUUACAAACCAUUGUAAUGGUGCGUCUUUACAAAGAAAAAAGGCACAAAAAAAGGAUUUAAAAGUUGGUUUUAAUGUACAGCAAUUUUCUGAAAGAUUAUCUUUGUCAAAAGAGGAAGAAAAAUUUAAUUCAAGUUUAUAUGAAAAAUCGUGUUGCACCCCGUUAAAAUCAUUUGAUACUCCUGAAAUUUUGCUUACUAAUUGCUUAAACGAAUCUUUUCCUUUUGGAACCAGUUCUAAAGAAUCUGACUCUUCUUGUGUACUCAAUGCAAUAAGUAAUACUAAUGUACAACAUAAAAACAUUACAGAAAAUUCAUUAGAUUUGACUCAUAAUAAGAGUCCUAGGAAUUUUUGUAAUCACUAUGAACAGCUUUGUGGCCAAUGUGGGUUUGAUAAAUCUCAACAAAAAAAAAUUCCCGAAUCUCUGAAUAAUUCUUGUGUUUGUUCUUGUAGCAAUCUUAAUAAUGAAAAUCUAUUAAAAGAAACACUGAUCUUCAACAACUCAAUUAACUAUUCACCAAAAAUAAAUGAAUCUGAUUGUUGUCUAGGAAAGAUUAAAAAAAAGAAGCUUUUAUCAAUGGCAAAAGUAACACAACAAGAAAAUGUAAUAAGCCCUACAAAUAAAAAAGGAAAUGUUUCUUUGUCUCAUGAUACAGAUGAAGUUGUUAAUAAAUCUACAUUCUCAAUACCAUUAAUGGAAAAGUUAUGUUUAUUGUCUGUUAAAGACACAGAUACAAAUGAUAGCAAACAGUUAAGUAUAAAUUGUUUUAAUGAUAGUCUUGUGACCAAAGCAUUGUUGCCACAAAAAGAAUUACUGCCUUCUCGUUCAUCUGAAAGACUGAAAUCUUUGCAUCGAAGAUCUUCAGGUGGCGACUUCAAAGUCACCACUAUGAAAUUCAGAAAAAAUAAAUCUGUGGUUUGUGAAAAUACUCAACAUUUUAAUACCAAGAAAUGUAAAAACAUGAUUUCUAGUUUUCCUCCAGAGAUAAAUAAUAAACUCAACCUCUCAUCAAAUAAAGAUUUUCUGAAAGUUCAUAUGGAUUCAGAAUUAGUUGAAAGUAGUGGAUUAAUAAACUCUUUAAAAUUGAAUCAGGAGAUUAUCCCUGAUAGUACAAAAUUUAGUAAUGAUAAUGAUUCAGGAAUUUCUGAUGGUGAAGUAGAAAAUUCUUGUUUAAUUAAAUCACAUCAAAUUUUACAUCAAUCAAAAACUUAUUCAAAGUUAAAUCCAUCAUUAGUUGCUACCAGCUUGCACUCUAGUGAACAUGAUUUUUUUAAAGCUGCAUCAAAACAUCUUGGAGGUUUUCAACUGCGUAAAAAUGUUUUUCAUGAUACUACUCAUGUAGUUUCUGGUAGUGGUAGAAGGACGCUAAAUGUUCUAUAUGCUAUUAUCAAAGGUUGCUGGCUGUUAUCUCCUAAAUGGGUCUCUGAUUCUUAUAAUGAUGGUAAAUGGCUUCCAGAAGAUAAAUAUGAAUUAGUUGAACAUUUUCCUGCUGCACAGAUUUCUCGCUCACAGCGUAUCUUAGAAGGUAGAAGUAGACAUACUACUCUUUUCUCAAAAUUACUUCCAAUAUACUUAGCUGAAAAAACAUUUCCCUCGCAUGAAGACUUGGAAAAGUUGAUAUUAGAAUGUGGAGGCAAGUUAACAGCAUCAUUAAGGAAAGCUGGUAUGGGUAUUGGUCACAUAAGAUGUAGGAGAAAAAAUUUUUGUGCUGUUUCAGAAAAAUGGUUAUUAGAUUCCAUUUCAAAUGGACAAGUGUUGUCUACUCAAAGUUAUGAAAUUCAAACUCGUGAUCGCGAUGAAAGUCCUGAGUUUUAAUAAUAUUAUAAUAUAUACCAGGCUUCAAAUUACAUAAAUUACAUAAUAACCUGAAACUACAAUCUAACAUUUUAAGUUAGUAUGUGAUUUAAUUUUACAGUGUAAUAACAAAUUUUAUUAAAAUUAAAUAAUCGUAAUACUAUUGUAA